AUGCAAUAUGCUACUAUCGGCAUUCCAAAUGUGACCCUUUUGCGAAUGAGGACAUCGGUAAGUAAGUGUACAAAGCAUUAUUUAGCGAAUAGUAAGACGAAGGAUAGACAAAUAAUCGGAAAUGCUUAUCCAGAACAUUUACUGGAAUGUAAACCAGUAUCAAAUGAAAUUCAACAACUUCAGGGAAUUGACAGCAAUUGUGCAUUGAUUAAUGCUGGACUUUGA